AUGGCGGCCAAGUCGAGUACGGACGAAGAGCAGGCUAUGCUGGCGAACAUGGACGUGAGCCUAUCCGACGCCGAGAUGCAGGAGAAUCGUGAUCGGUUCGUGACACCUGCGUUUAUCUUGCUAGCUUGGGAGCCGGUCCACCCUGAUUCCAGGAAGCUCGAGAACAUUGUCAUCAAGUACUCAUACUGCCAUGGCUCCGCGACCACAAGCAAGACACAGACCAUCAGGAAGGCAUCGGCGCUUGCCUGCCUCUGUAACACGGCCUACAUGUUCAGGGCUGAGCUCCAUACUGUCGUCAAGUGGAAGGGAAAGCCUCUGGCUAUCAUGCCCAGCGAGCCUGGCAAGAGGAUGUUCACCACCUUCGUCAACGGGAUGUCACUCCCUGUGGGACGUGUCAGGAUUCUUGAGACUGGCGACAUUAUCUCCUGUUAUGAGUUGGAUCAGCCUGAGGCCGACUUUGACAGUAUCCUCGCUAGCACUUCGUUCGACAACGAUGGCGAUGGCCCUGGGGGGAAGAAGCUCACCAAGUCGAUCCUCCAUGUACUCGCGAUCAUGGCGAUGAUUGCCAUUGUGAUCAUCUUCGUCGUAGUCGUUCUAGGCGCAGUUGUCAUUGCUAUACUCAACCUCAUCAUGCCGCAAGCAUUCUCCUUCAGCAACCUCGUCCGUUUCUUUCGGCACAAUGCGUAG